AUGUCCCAGGCUCUGCUCAUGAGCCACCAGUACAAGCGAUGGUGCAAGAAAUACAGGACGGAGAUUGCGGCUAGCUCGAGCAGUCUGCUGUCCACCAUUACGGCUUACCCCUUGGACUCGGUGAAGACGCGCAUGCAAACUUACCCUACGCGAUUCACGGGCUUCGUCGACUGCGUCAAGGUCACAUAUGCAACUGAAGGUGCAAAGGGUUUUUGGCGCGGCGUCCUCUCUCCACUCGCAAGCAUCACAUUUGUCCGAACCGUGUCAUUUUCCGUGUACCAACGCGCCAAAUAUACCUACGAUGACUGGAUACGCAAAGGCUUUGGAUACUCGCCACUUGAUAUUGCCAAUGCUCCAGGAGCAAAACCUAACCUCAUUACCAUGAGCUGUUUCGGCGCGGCGGGCGCCACGGCGGGAGCAGUCAUAACGUUUAUUGCAUGUCCAUUCGAAUUGACCAAAAUCAGCGCUCAGAUUUCAGAAUUAGUCCCCAAGAGCGGCGGCAAACCCAAUGCCAUCGCACAGAGCUAUUCCAACCUCGGCACCAUUAAGACAGCACGGAACGUGAUCAGGCUUAGAGGCAUCGGCGGAUUGUACUCUGGGUGGCAUUACCACUUGCUACGCGACACCAUCGGCACCGGCAUAUACUUCACGACCUACGAGAGCGCGAAGCAGCUGCUUUCCAACACGCGCGAGAAGUCGCCCACGUCGCCGAUGGCGGUCGUCGUGGCAGGCGGUCUUUGCGGCCUCGUCAGCUGGGCCUGCAUCUACCCUAUUGACACGGCCAAGAGCCUCUACCAACGCAACUGUUUCACCAGCGAGAAGAAGAACACGCACAAGCCGAAGAUUCAAUUUUUCAAUUUGCUUAUGUACAGAGGUCUCCUAGUCUCCAUGAGCCGCUCCUGCACCGUCAACGCCGUCUUUUUCUCGGCUUUUGAGUACAUGAAGAAACGCGUCAACCGGCUGCAAUACGACGAGGAGCUGCUCAAGGCCAACGGGCUGUAG